AUGGACCGUCCAAAUCUCAAUUACAAUCAAGCGCAACACCAAGAUCGUCGUGACCUUCAAAUGCAAUACAGAAAUCUUCCUGAACAAACAGCUUUUCCUGGGAGACCGGUCAUCCCUGGACAACCCGGUCAACAAGUAAAUUUCCCAGUACAAAUGUACCAGCAACAACAAACAUCUACAAUUCCUCAAAUUAGGCCUGAGGAAAGACCAAACAAUUAUGUUAAUUUGC